AUGGCGCAGGUGAUCCAUAUAACAGGAAGGUUACGACUAAGAGUGUCGCUGUCUCAUGGGCGGACCGUGCCAAGCCAAAUCAUGGGGCUUGUUGUCGUUGCUCAUGCACUACCCCCUCCUACAAUCAAUGAAGUCAGAAUUGACUGCCACAUGUUUGUUACUCGAGUAAACAUGGACCUCAAUAUCAUUUACUGUGAAAAUAGGAUUAGCGAUUACAUGGAUCUGACCCCUGUAGAUAUCGUAGGGAAAAGAUGUUACCACUUCAUUCAUGCUGAAGAUGUGGAAGGGAUCAGGCACAGUCAUUUAGACUUGCUGAACAAGGGUCAGUGUGUUACAAAAUACUACCGCUGGAUGCAGAAAAGUGGGGGCUAUAUUUGGAUACAGUCUAGUGCCACUAUCGCUAUUAAUGCCAAGAAUGCAAAUGAAAAGAACAUCAUCUGGGUCAAUUACCUUCUGAGCAAUCCAGAAUAUAAGGACACUCCGAUGGAUAUUGCACAGCUUCCACAUUUGCCAGAGAAAACCUCUGAAUCCUCUGAGACCUCUGAUUCAGAAUCAGAUUCAAAGGAUAACUCAGAGGACAAUGAGAAUUCAAAGUCAGAUGAAAAAGGAAACCAUUCGGAAAACAGCGAAGAUCCUGAAUCCGAUAGGAAGAAGUCUGGCAAUCAGUCAGAUAAUGAAAUGAACUGUAAUGAUGAUGGGAACAGCUCCAGCAACCAGGACAGCAGAGACAGUGAUGACAGCUUUGAGAAUUCUGACUUUGAGAAUCAAAAGGCCCCUGAAGAUAGCUUUGGCACUCUUGGUUCUAUGCAGAUUAAGGUGGAGCGCUACGUGGAGAGUGAGUCAGACUUGCGGCUACAGAACUGUGAGUCAUUGACCUCGGACAGUGCCAAGGACUCAGACAGUGCAGGAGAAGUAAAUGCCCAGUCUUCCAGCAAACAUCAAAAAAGGAAGAAGAGAAGGAAAAAGCAGAAAGGAGGCAGCAUGACCCGGAGAAGGCUCUCAAGCACCUCAAGUCCAAAUGGGCUUGACUCAGCAUUGGUGGAUCAGCCCCAGCUGCUCUCACCGCCAAACAGUGCCUCAGUGCUCAAAAUCAAAACAGAGAUCUCAGAACCUAUCAAUUUUGAUAAUGAUAGCAGUAUUUGGAAUUACCCACCCAACAGGGAAAUCUCAAGGAAUGAAUCACCUUACAGUAUGACCAAGCCCCCCAACUCAGAGCACUUCCCUUCCCCGCAAACCAGCAGUAGUUUACAUGUCUCCAUUCCAGACUCUGUUCUAACCCCACCAGGGACUGAAAAUACUGCCAAUCGCAAAUCUCAGUUCAGCACCUCAUCCAACUCCGCCUUGGCUCCUGUUUCCUCUGACCCUUUGUCACCACCUCUGUCAGCGUCUCCACGGGACAAGCAUCCGGGAGGCCCCAGCACUUCCAAUUCUUUAUUGUAUACUGGGGAUCUGGAAGCCCUACAGAGAUUGCAAGCAGGCAACGUGGUCCUUCCUUUGGUUCACAGGGUAACUGGAACCCUUGCUGCCACCAGCACGGCUGCUCAGAGGGUCUAUACCACUGGCACUAUCCGGUAUGCCCCAGCUGAAGUUACUUUAGCCAUGCAGGGCAAUCUCCUCCCCAACACUCACGCUGUUAACUUUGUGGACGUUAACAGCCCUGGUUUUGGCUUAGAUCCUAAAACACCAAUGGAAAUGCUCUACCACCACGUCCACCGACUCAAUAUGUCAGGACCGUUUGGAAGUGCUGUGAGCGCAGCCAGCCUGACCCAAAUGCCUGCAGGGAAUGUGUUCACAACUGCCGAAGGACUGUUCUCGACUCUUCCGUUUCCUGUGUACAGCAACGGCAUUCAUGCCGCACAGACACUGGAACGGAAGGAGGAUUGAAAUAUGACCACAUACUGUGUUCAGUGUUAAACUCCGAGGCAUAGACUAUAUUUUAAUUUAGACCUUUAAUCCUAGCACUUUGAAUUUGAGCAGGUCAGCUUAUUCUCUCCAUGUGAUGCUCCCCAUUUCAUUCCCUUUCUCUUUAACUUGACUUAUUCUUUAAUGGGAAAGAUACUUUUAAUUUUGGCCUUCAGAGAACUGAAGUAGCAGUUGCCUGCCAUUUUGUCUUCUUCCAAGAUGUGUAUUUUUUUCUUUGCAUCUUUAUUAAGAUGCCUUUAAUAUGUGUAUGCCUCUGCCAUAGAAUACUCAGUGUUGUGGUAAAGAGAUUGUAAGAGUGACAACCACGGGGUUUACUUCAAAUUGAUCUUGAUAUGAUCAAGAUUAAAAGAAACAAGCAUAAAACAAUGUGCCCUGUUUGACUAAGUCAAAUGAAAAGGGGGUAUUUGUUCCUAAUUCCUUUAAAAAAAAUAGGGGAUAGUAUUUUAGAAUUUUAUGCAGAGUUUAAUUCACUUUUUAUGGUUAAGAUUUUCUUACUUGCACAUACAAUAAUUUGGGUUCUUAAAAAAUUAAUUUCUGGCCUGUGAUUAGAAUAAUAAGAAGAUGGACUAAAUGUUAACUACAGAAACAUUAACUUAAUUUCUAAAACCAUGGUGCUAUCAUUUAUUAAUCUGUAAUGUCUUCACACAAUAUGCAGCUUCUGGGCUGGGUUUUUUGAAAGGAAUGUCUUCUGUGCUAGUCCAUAGUCAGGUGCUGCAGUCUCCUUGGUUAGUUAAGACAAAAGCCCUCAUUAACAUUUGCUGCAGGACUUAAUUUGUUUACCUCCAAACUAACAAGCCUCAUAUUAAAUUUAAAUGGAUCUGGAAGACUUUUCUUUUGGGGAGUGGGGCGAAUGUGCUAAAAAGAACAAGAAAAUGCAGUGAAAUUGAAUCAAAGACCAGAUUUUUUAAAGGUGUAUAUUGUUUCUCUUUCUAUUUUUUUAUUCUCAGUAGAACUGAGGCUAAUUUUACAACUUCCAAAUAAGUGAGUGUGUGUGUGUGUUUGUAUGUGUGUACAUAUGUGUGUGUG